AUGGUUUUUCAGAAACAUUUUAUUACCAUUUUCAAUUUUGUUUUCCUAACAUCCUUCUUCCUCCCUAUAUUUCUUCCAAAUUCAUAUUCUUCUUCUGAAAUAAUUUUUGUGAGUGCAAGUAACACUACCCCUGCUUUUAACGACGAUGAUUAUCUUGAGUUCCCUUUGAAUUUGGAGUAUUUGGAAGCCGAGUUCUUUCUUUAUGGAUCUUUGGGCUAUGGUUUGGACAUUGUAGAUCCAAAGCUUGCGCAAGGUGGACCAUCGCCACUUGGUGCCAAGAUGGCCAAGCUUGAUCAAUUCACAAGGGAUAUCACCCUGCAAUUUGGUUUCGAAGAAGUUGGACAUUUGAGGGCCAUAAGGAACAGAGUAAAAGGCUUUCCAAGGCCAUUGCUUAAUUUAAGCAGUGAAGCAUUUGCCACAAUAAUGAACAAUGCCUUUGGAAAAACUUUAGUGCCACCUUUUGAUCCCUACGCCAAUUCAAUUAACUACUUGCUUGCAUCUUACGUCAUUCCUUAUGUUGGUCUCACUGGAUAUGUUGGAGCCAAUCCUAAGCUUCAAAAGGCUACUUCCAAAGAGCUAGUGGCAGGACUUUUGGCAGUAGAGUCAGGCCAAGAUGCAGUAAUUCGAGCCUUAUUAUAUGAACGUAGAGCUCUACCAGUGUAUCCAUAUGGAGUGAAUGUUGCAGAGUUCACAAAUCGCAUUUCCAAACUUAGAAACAAGUUAGGGCAAAAAGGUUCAAAUAAAGAUGAGGGUCUUGUCGUCCCCAAAGCCGACGGUGCCGAGGGUAAAGUCACCGGCAACAUCCUCGCUGCGGACAAGGACUCAGUCGCGUAUUCAAGAACACCACAAGAAAUUUUGAGGAUUGUAUAUGGCAGUGGUGAUGAACAUACUCCUGGUGGUUUCCACCCCAAAGGAGGUGAUGGUCGUAUCGCAAAAUAUUACCUAAAAAAUUAA